AUGCUAGCCCGAGCAUCGUCCUUGCUCGGUCGCAGUGGCGGUGCUCGGCCAUCAAUCGCGCGAGUGCCGCGAUGCCGGCCCCUCGAGCCAUCGCUUCAAACGGUCCGCCAUGCAUCCUCGAAACGCGGUGGCUCUUCAAGCCGAUACAUGCAAAGGCAGAAGAACGAUGUCUUCGUCAAGCAGCGUGCUCGACCAUCGAAGCCUGGAAAGCAAGACUAUGACGAGCAAGACGAUAUUGCAGCAUCUGCGAGCGGCUACGUCGCCCGGUCUGCAUUCAAGCUGUUGCAGCUGGACGAUCGAUACAAGUUCUUGCGGCCCGGGCGUGUGAUUGUAGACCUGGGAGCUGCACCCGGCGGGUGGAGUCAGGCCAUCGUCGAGCGCACUCGUAGGAAGCCCAACGCUGGGAUGCCAGUCUUUGCGUUCGAUCUGCUGCCAGUGGUCGAUAUCGACGGAGUCAAUUCCAUUCGGGGCGACUUCCUCGAUGUGGCAAUGCAGGACAAGCUGAGGAAGAUGGUGCAAGAUGCCACGCUCAGCAGCCAGAGCCAGAAUGUCGCCUCGACGGAGACGGAAGGAUAUGUUGAUGUCGUAGUGAGCGAUAUGAUGGCCAACACGACUGGCAAUCCCAUUGUCGACACCGAGGCAUCUCUGGAGCUCUGCAGGGCGGCAACGAGCUUCGCCAUGCGUACGCUCAAGCGGGAUCAUCGCGUGCCGCAGGCUGGAGAGCGAAAGUCACCGACAUGGAUGGCGUCCAAGUCAUCGGUGCUGGUGAUGAAGUACUUUAUGUCUCACGAAGCCGACCUCUUCCGCAAAGAGGUGCUCGAAACGCAGUUCCACUUUGUCAAGGCGGAAAAGAUGGAAGCCAGCCGCAAAGAGUCGAGAGAGCAGUUUUGGAUCUGCAUCGGCUUCAAAGGUGCUCACAUCAGCAAUCCAUGA